AUGGCCGUCCGACGAACAACGCCUUUGCAGCAAUGGCUCCAACUUCGUCGAGGCCUCGGCUCAACCACCAAUGCGCUCUAUCCAGCGCACGCCAGCAACCCUCUCUCCCCAGCCGAGCGACUUCUCGCUCUCUCCAACCAGCACAGUAAACCCACCAGCUCCCGCACGAUAAAGCGACCCUUUCAUCACACACGCCCAGCUCUCCGGAAAGGCCCUAAACCAUCACCCAGAGUGGAUGACGCGCAAUGGCAACAGAAGCGGCAGCGGUCAGCGGAGUUCUUGGACAACAACCGUUGGAUUACAUGGAAAGACUACGAUACCAAAUUGGCAGAGGUUCGGUACGAAGCAGAGUCACUCUACAAGUCCGCGACGGAGGCGGGAAUGCUGCCCAAGUCUCUCAAAUUGAAGGAUUUUACCCAGAUAGGAGUCAAAUUGCUGGAGGCGUCGACUAAGUCAACUGGGCCCACCAAACAGGCGAUCCGAUCUAUAUCCCAAGAUGUUGACACCGUCCACAAAAUCGGACAUGUCCACUCCAACUCGAGCAAGCUCUGGCAGGCAUGGCUUCUUCGGGCUUCCGCUAAUGCAGAGGCCAAGGCUGCUGUCGUUAUUCUCGCGGCUCAGCAAGCCAGAAAUCAGAAAGUUGUUCAACGGACCCCAUACACCGAUAUGGUUACCAACUUCGCCCGGCAAGACCGCUACCCGCCCGCUAUGUUACUUGAAGCGCAUUUUCUCCAAAGACUUGGGAAGAAUCAAGAGGCUCGCGACCUGCUGGACAAGGAAAUAUUUCCGUAUCUGCAACCAACGGCCAUUCAGCCUCCGCUUUGGGAAGAUAUCACGCUCGGCAGGAAUAUUCAGUCGCCCUGGACUCUGCUUGCUACUAUCACUGCGCAAUUGCAGCUCCACGAGAUGACCGAUCAGAUCCUUGAAACAGCUGCGAUCAAGUACCAGGAUUCCGAUGCUUUAGUCAAAUACGCUGCGGUUUUGUGGCAGCGGGGCGAGCAGGACAAGUAUGAAGAGUGCAUGAACAAGGCUGCCAUGGCCGGAAAUCCAGAUGCCUGUUUCCGACUAGCCAAUUACUACUACAAGAUGUCGGAGCAUGUCUAUGAUCCGCGCAGCGAGAGAACAUGGGAAAGCCCCGCCACCAAUCCCGUUGAACGGUUUCUCCAGAAGCUGUUCAGGCCAUUGCAAGAACGCAUACGUCAGAAGAUCGACCCAUUCAUACAUCGCGAGACCUAUGCCAAAUUGGCCACUGAAUGGUACGAGGUGGCUACGGAACUCAACAGCAGCAAUCGCGUCCCGGCUUUGAUGGCGGCGAUCCUGCAUCGACGGGUACACAACUGGCGCGCUGCGCAAUAUUUCAUUGAUCUACAAGGCGAUGAUCCUCUGCUGGCCAGGAAAAUGGGCUUAAUGACGUUGCGUGACGGGUGGGAAGACCCGACCUACGAGCCUGAUAUUAAAAGCUCAAUGUUGCCUGUACCAUGA